UUGGGACAACUUCAAGAACUGCAAGAAACUAGAGAACAGCUGCAGAGACUGUGCCAGGCCAUUCCGACGCUUCCAUCACCGCUGGAAACGCAUGCGAGACACAUCCAAAUUAUACGCCAACCGCAAACGUCGCUGGAAUUCAUAGCACAUCGUGUUUCUAUCAUUUCGCUCACCAUCGAAAACCUACGCAUACGCCUGGCUACCACCAAAGUUCACUUGACCACAUUACUGGCUUUACCUCCACUACUCUUCGCCACUGGAGCGAACACAAAGGCGCUUCGGGACGAAUGGAUGGCUCGACCAUUUUCCAACGACGAGAAGAAACUUCCGUUAACCGACCCCGACAAGGUUAAAAUAGAAACAGAAGAGCUGAUGGCAACUCUCGAUAGCUACAGCGCCAGUUUAUCAGGCCUCUGCGAGUCAUUUGAGUUGGAAGAAUUACAUGAAGACCUCUCAUUCCACGAUGAGGUAAGAAACGCACUUAAGAAAAUAAAAAAAAUCGUGGACAAACUCGUAGGCCAGUCCGGGAGAAGCGCCUCCGCGCAACAACGACACGAACAGGACCAGCCGGAGGAACUUCAUGAAGAGAGGAUGAGGAAGAAAAACAUGAGAGAGAAGAACCACAAUCAGAGGAAGAAGACAUGA